AUGAUUUGCCAUUUCCCAGAGACAGUGUCGGAUAGUAUCUGCCCUGGACAUGGACUUCUGUGGGGCCAUGAACGCCAUGGUGGUGUCCGCGUACAGUUCGCAAGCGGCGACUUGUCCCACUCACGAGAGCGGCAAUUACUCGCCGGAACGUCCACUGAAGGACCAGAGGGCCAGGAGGAGGAGUUCAUCAUCAUCGAUCCUAACUGCAAUGGCACUGCAAUGGCAUGGGAUAGCCGGACUACAUGGAACGAGGAAGCACCGCAGAAGGGAGAGAAGCAUGAAGUAUCCCCCGACACGACAGAUCAGUCGACAGGACGAAAAAGAUUUGCCAUUGCCGGAUCCGAGAUUGGGCCGGAUACUGUUUCUGAGUAG